CGGCCCCGGACUCCACUUCCCGGCAUACAGUGCGGCCCGAGGGGGGCGGGACUCCAUCUCCCAGCAGGCUCCAGGCGGCGGGUGCCGCGGUGCCUUGUGUGGGAUGCCGCCGCCCGCCGCCAUGGGGCUGAAGGCCGCCCAGAAGACGCUGUUCCCGCUGCGCUCCAUCGACGAUGUGGUGCGCCUGUUUGCUGCGGAGCUGGGCCGAGAAGAGCCGGACCUGGUGCUCCUCUCCUUGGUACUGGGCUUUGUGGAGCAUUUCCUGGCUGUCAACCGUGUCAUCCCCACCAACGUGCCCGAGCUCACCUUCCAGCCCAGUCCUGCGCCCGACCCUCCCGGUGGCCUCACCUACUUCCCGGUGGCCGACCUGUCCAUCAUCGCUGCCCUCUAUGCCCGCUUCACCGCCCAGAUCCGCGGCGCCGUCGACCUGUCCCUUUACCCGCGAGAGGGGGGCGUCUCAAGCCGAGAACUGGUGAAGAAGGUCUCGGAUGUCAUAUGGAACAGCCUCAGCCGCUCGUACUUCAAGGACCGGGCCCACAUCCAGUCCCUCUUCAGCUUCAUCACAGGUACUAAACUGGACAGCUCAGGUGUGGCUUUUGCAGUGGUGGGGGCCUGCCAGGCCCUGGGUCUCCGGGAUGUCCACCUGGCCCUGUCAGAGGAUCACGCCUGGGUAGUGUUUGGGCCCAAUGGGGAACAGACAGCUGAAGUCACCUGGCAUGGCAAAGGCAACGAGGACCGCCGGGGUCAGACCGUCAAUGCAGGAGUGGCUGAGCGGAGCUGGCUGUACCUGAAAGGAUCAUACAUGCGCUGCGACCGCAAGAUGGAGGUGGCCUUCAUGGUGUGCGCCAUCAACCCUUCCAUUGACCUGCACACCGACUCCUUGGAGCUGCUGCAGCUGCAGCAGAAGCUGCUCUGGCUGCUCCAUGACCUGGGACAUCUGGAAAGGUACCCCAUGGCACUAGGGAACCUGGCAGAUCUGGAGGAGCUGGAGCCCACUCCUGGCCGGCCAGACCCACUCACCCUCUACCACAAGGGCAUUGCCUCAGCCAAGACCUACUACCGGGAUGAGCACAUCUACCCCUACAUGUACCUGGCUGGCUACCACUGUCGCAACCGCAAUGUGCGCGAAGCCCUGCAGGCCUGGGCUGACACGGCCACUGUCAUCCAGGACUACAACUACUGCCGGGAGGAUGAGGAGAUCUACAAGGAGUUCUUUGAAGUCGCCAAUGAUGUCAUCCCCAACUUGCUGAAAGAGGCAGCCAGCUUGCUGGAGGCUGGCGAGGAGCGGCCAGGGGAGCAGAGCCAGGGUACCCAGAGCCAGGGUUCUGCUCUCCAGGACCCCGAGUGCUUCGCCCACCUGCUGCGAUUCUACGAUGGCAUCUGCAAAUGGGAGGAGGGCAGCCCCACGCCUGUGCUGCACGUGGGCUGGGCCACCUUCCUUGUGCAGUCUCUGGGCCGCUUCGAGGGACAGGUGCGGCAGAAGGUGCACAUAGUGAGCCGAGAUGCUGAGGCAGCGGAGGCUGAGGAGCCCUGGGGUGAGGAAGCUAGAGAAGGCCGGCGGCGGGGCCCGCGGAGGGAGUCCAAGCCGGAGGAGCCACCACCGCCCAAGAAGCCAGCUCUGGACAAGGGUCCUGGUUCAGGCCAGGGUGCGGGGUCGGGACCUCCCCGAAAACCCCCAGGUACAGUCCCUGGCACUGCGCGGGGCCCUGACGGUGGCAGCGCAGCUCAGGGGUCAGCGCUCCCCUCGUCACCGCCGCCCGAGGGCCCCGUGCUCACUUUCCAGAGCGAGAAGAUGAAGGGCAUGAAGGAGCUGCUUGUGGCCACCAAAAUCAACUCGAGCGCCAUCAAGCUGCAACUCACGGCUCAGUCACAAGUGCAGAUGAAGAAGCAGAAGGUGUCCACACCCAGCGAUUACACUCUUUCUUUCCUCAAGAGGCAGCGCAAGGGCCUCUGAACUGCUGGGGACUUAUGAACAGCCCACGGGGACCCAGGCCCCGCCCUCAGUGCGAGGGGAUACUUCACCCCAGCCCCACACCCAGCGCCAGGCUCCGCCCCCGGGCCUCACCCCUACCUGGAACUCUAGGUCCCAGAUUUACAGACUACACACCCCGGCACCCGAACCUACGAUUUGCUCCAGCUCGGAACCCAGGGCCCUGUCUUGGUUAGAAUGUAGGUCCCAUCUUCCAGAAUCCCAGCUGGCCAACUGGAAUCCUGGCCCCACCUUGGAACGGAAGCGCAGACCCCAGGCCAGACGGUGUUGCUCAGGGUUUCUCCCAGUUCCCCUAACUCAAGGAGCACAGAUCCUGCCUCCACCAUGAGACGAAGGACCCUACUCGGCCCCUGGGAAUACGUUUCCGUACUUAAGAACUCCAUCCCUUGGGAAUUCAAAUCCUCAACCCCAAAGAACUUAAAUCCCAUUGCCAGAAUUUGGGAAUCCUAGCUUCCUCGCCUCCCUGUCCCAAGAGUCUGGACGCGAAGCUCCGCCCCUAGCCUGUGUGGCCCCUGAGCCCCGCCCUCUUCCUGAGCAAGCUGGCCCCAGAUCAGAGCAGGACCUCUUCCGACCCCCUGGGAACCUCUCCGAGGUCCCGCCUAUCUCUGGGGAGCCAGGAGGAAGUCUGCAGGGGGUUGGGAGUGGGUGAAGGGGACCUGGGCUCUUCCUGUUUUGUACAUAGAUCUAUUUUUCAGUUCCAAGGAAGAUGAAUACAUUUUGUU